UCUGCCCUGCUCUCCGCUCAUCGCCGGUGCCUCCGGUGACAAAAUGACCCGGCGGAGCGGAGGGACACGGGGCUGAAUCGCUGUGGCGGGCACGGAGCGGAGCAGCCGGGGAUGCGGCCGGAGGAUGCGGCAGGAAAGGAUGGGGAUGUCCAGGAGCUGCCAGCCUAGGAAGAGGAGCAAGGAGGCUGAGAAGCACAAGACACAGGAGCCAUGUCCUCGCGCGGCCGCUGCGCCAGGCUGCUCCCCUCCGAGCUGAACAAGGUGUGCCCCGAGAGAGGAGAUGAGCCUGCCACGCACCCCAGGAAGAUGAGCGACUUCGAGGUGGUCCCCAACCUGCAGCAGAGCAGCAGCAGUGUCUCAAGGAGCAGGAGGAAGGCUCAUUUCCCCGCUGGCAGCAAUGAAAAGGAAAACCUCAUCUCCUGGAUUCCUGAAAACAUCCGAAAGAAGGAAUGCACCUAUUUUGUGGAAAGCUCCCAGACAUCAGAUUCUGGGAGGAUCGUUUGUGAGUGUGGCUAUCUCAGGGAACAGCACCUGGAUGAUGCUGCCAAGCCUCCCAUCUUCCUGGGGAAGGAAUGGGACCCCAGCAGGCACAUCCAGGAAAUGCCAACGGAUGCCUUCGGUGAUAUCCGCUUCACAGGGCUGGGACAGAAGACAGGGAAGUACGUGCGUGUCUCCUCGGAUACCCCCCCACGGGUCAUCUACCACCUCAUGACACAGCACUGGGGCCUCGACCCCCCCAACCUGCUCAUCUCAGUCACCGGGGGAGCCAAAAACUUCGUCAUGAAGCCAAGGCUGAAGAACAUCUUCCGGCAAGGGCUAGUCAAGGUGGCCCAGACCACAGGUGCCUGGAUCAUCACAGGGGGGUCCCACGCUGGUGUGAUGAAACAGGUGGGAGAGGCAGUGCGAGACUUCAUCCUGAGCUGCAGCCACAAGGAGGGCGAGAUUGUCACCAUUGGCAUUGCCACCUGGGGGACCGUCUACAACCGGGAGAGCCUCGUCUGCCCCAUGGGGGGCUUUCCUGCUGAAUACGUGCUGGAUGAGGAGAACCAAGGCAGCCUGUCCUGCCUGGACAGCAACCACUCCCACUUCAUCCUGGUGGAUGACGGGACCCACGGGAGGUACGGGGUGGAAAUCCCCCUGAGGACCAGGCUGGAGAAGUUCAUUUCAGAGCAGACCAAGGUGAAAGGAGGUGUUGCCAUCAAGAUCCCCAUCGUGUGUGUGGUGCUGGAAGGAGGCCCUGGGACUCUUGAUACCAUCUACAAUGCCAUCACCCACGGGACCCCCUGUGUGAUCGUGGAGGGGUCCGGGCGCGUGGCCGAUGUCAUCGCGCAGGUGGCCAACCUGCCCGUGGCCCAGAUAACCAUUGCCCUGAUCCAGAGGAAACUCAGUGUCCUCUUCCAUGACACCUACGAGCUCUUCACUGAGAGCAAACUGGUGGAGUGGACCAAGAAGAUCCAAGACAUAGUGCGGAGCCGGCAGCUCCUGACCAUCUUCAGAGAGGGCAAAUAUGGCCAGCAGGAUGUGGAUGUGGCCAUCCUCCAGGCCCUCUUCAAAGCAUCCCGAAACCAGGACCACUUUGGUCGGGAGAACUGGGACCACCAGCUGAAGUUGGCCGUGGCCUGGAACAGGGUGGACAUUGCCCGAAGUGAGAUCUUCACAGAUGACCAUGACUGGAAGCCCUCAGAUCUCCACCCCGUGAUGGCAGCUGCCCUGAUCUCCAACAAGCCCGAAUUUGUGAAGCUGUUCCUGGAGCAGGGAGUGCGUCUCAAGGAUUUUGUCACCUGGGACACCCUGGUUUACCUCUACGACAACCUGGCGCCGUCCUGCCUGUUCCACAGCAAGCUGCAGAAGGUGCUGCUGGAGGAGAGGGAGCACACGGCCGGCUCCAAAACGCCGAGGCUGCAGAUGCACCACGUCUCGCAGGUGCUGCGGGAGCUGCUGGGCUGCUCCACGCAGCCGCUGUACCCCAAGCCCAAGCACACGGAGCGGCCCCGGCUCUCCAUCCCCGUGCCGCACAUCAAGCUGAACGUGCAGGGGUCGAGCCUCCGCUCCCUCUACAAGCGCUCUCCUGGCCGAGUCACCUUCACCAUGGACCCCGUCCGGGACCUGCUCAUCUGGGCCGUGGUGCAGAACCGCAGGGAGCUGGCAGAAAUCAUCUGGGCCCAGAGCCAGGACUGCAUGGCAGCUGCACUGGCUUGCAGCAAAAUCCUGAAGGAGCUGGCCAAGGAGGAGGAGGACACAGACACCACCGAUGACAUGCUGGCCCUGGCCGAGGAGUACGAGCACAAGGCAAUUGGUGUGUUCACAGACUGCUACCGCAAGGAUGAAGAGAGAGCCCAGAAGCUUCUCACCCGUGUCUCCGAGGCCUGGGGGAAGACAACCUGUCUGCAGCUGGCGUUGGAGGCCAAGAGCAUGAAUUUUGUGUCCCAUGGGGGUGUCCAGGCUUUUCUAACCAAGGUCUGGUGGGGGAAGCUGUCUGUGGACAACGGCCUUUGGCGGGUGAUCACGUGCAUGCUCUUCUUCCCCUUGCUCUACACCAACCUCAUCACCUUCAGGUAUUCUGGCAGCUGGGACACUCUUGUGCUGAGGCAGGGCUUCCUCCAGCCUCCCCCUGCAGCUGGCUGGGCUGGGGGACGCUGCUGUGGCAUCUCCUGGGCAGCCCAGCCCAGCCCAACCCACUCCUCCACCCCCACUCCCAGCAGGGAGAAGAGGCUGCAGCCCAUGGGCUGCCUGGCACGCCUCCGAGCCUUCUUCACAGCGCCCGUCGUCAUCUUCCUCAUGAACACCCUCUCCUACUUCACCUUCCUCCUGCUCUUCGCCUACGUGCUGAUGGUUGACUUCCAGCCCACGCCCUCCUGGCGGGAAUACCUCAUCUACUUCUGGCUCUUCUCCCUGGUGUGCGAGGAGACCCGCCAGCUGUUGUAUGAUCCAGAUGGACUCGGGGUUGUGAAAAUGGCUUCCCUGUACAUCAAGGACUUCUGGAAUAAGCUGGAUAUCUGUGCCAUCCUGGUCUUUAUUGCAGGGCUGACUUGCAGGCUGAUCCCAUCGACAUUAUACCCCGGGCGCAUCAUACUGUCCCUGGCUUUCAUCAUCUUCUGCCUGCGCCUGAUGCACAUUUUCACAGUCAGUAGAACCCUGGGGCCCAAGAUCAUCAUUGUGAAGCGCAUGAUGAAGGAUGUCUUCUUCUUCCUCUUCCUGCUGGCAGUGUGGGUGGUGUCCUUUGGGGUGGCCAAGCAGGCUAUCCUGAUCCACAACGAGGAACGUGUGGAGUGGCUUUUCCGUGGCGUGGUCUACCAUUCCUACCUGACCAUCUUCGGGCAGAUUCCCUCCUACAUCGACGGGGUCAACUUCAACAUCGACCAGUGCAGCCCCAACGGGACUGACCCCUACAAGCCCAAGUGCCCGGAGACAAACGGGGACAACAAGACACCCAUCUUCCCAGAGUGGCUGACGGUCAUCCUGCUGUGCCUGUACCUGCUCUUCACCAACAUCCUCCUCCUCAACCUCCUCAUUGCCAUGUUCAACUACACCUUCCAGCAGGUGCAGGAGCACACGGACCAGAUCUGGAAGUUCCAGAGGCACGACCUGAUCCAGGAGUACCACGGCCGCCCUCCAGCGCCCCCGCCCCUCAUCCUGCUCAGCCACCUGCAGCUCCUGCUGCGCCGGGGCUUGCUGCGCCAGCCAGCCACGCACCACAAGCUCAAGGAGAAGCUGGAGAAGAACGAAGAAGCUGCCCUGCUCUCGUGGGAGAUGUACCUGAAGGAGAGCUACCUGCAGCACCAGCAGUGCCAGGAGAAGCAGAACACGGAGCAGAUGAUCCGGGACAUUGCACAGAGGGUUGAUGUGCUGGCAGAGCUGCUGGACUUGGACAGGGUGAAGAGGACGGGGGUAGUGGAGCAAAGACUGGGCUCUCUGGAGGAUCAGGUGCAUCAGAGUGCCCAGGCCCUGCGGUGGAUGAUGCAGGCACUGCGGGGCAAUGGCUUCAGCUCGGGAGAGGAUGUGCCACCCAUUGGCUCCUCCAAAGCCCUGGACACCAAGGAGAUUGCCCUGGAGGGGAGACCCGAGGAGAGCCAGCCCCCGUGCCACGUGCUUGCCCGAAACCUCCUGUAUCCAGGGUCUCACACUCUCCGCUUCCCUGUGCCCGAUGAGAAGGUGCCCUGGGAGGUGGAUUUCCCGCUCUACGACCCCCCUGCCUACUCGGCUGAGCACAAGGACAUGGCUGUGCAGGAUCCCUUCAGCCUCUCCUUGGAGUCUCUCCUGAAGAUCAACUACAACACCAUGGACGGGCUGAUCGACCGGCAGAGCUUCCACGGGCUGUACGCCGUGCAGGACGGGCUGCCCCUGAACCCCAUGGGCAGGACGGGGCUGCGAGGCCGUGGGAGGCUGCACUGCUUUGGGCCCAACCAUGCCCUGCACCCCGUGGUGACCCGCUGGAGGAGGAACUUGGAUGGGUCCAUAAUAAGGAAGAGCCUGAAGAAGAUGCUGGAAGUCCUGGUGGCCCAAUACCCCUUGUCAGAUGUCUGGGCUCUGCCUGGGGGCUCACUGGAGCCAGGUGAGACGCUGCCACUGAAGCUCAAGUGGAUCCUGCGCCGGGAGUUCUGGCCCCAGUUCCAGAACCUGCUGAAGCAAGGCACUGAGGUGCACAGGGGGUACCUGGACGACCCACGGAACACGGAUAACGCCUGGGUGGAGACGGUGGCCAUCAGCGUGCACUUCGACUCCCAGAACGAUGUGGAGAUGAAGCGGCUGAACUCGUUCCUCCAGGGCUGUGACCCGGAGCUGUGCAUCCGCUGGCAGGUGCUGGACAAGAGGAUCCCCCUGCACGCCAACCACAAGGAGCUCCUGCACAAGGUCUCAACCCUCCUCGGUGCCUACUACUGAGGCCUCGUGCACAGGGCUCCUGGCUGGAGCUGCAGCUCCACCCCAGCUUGCCUGGGAGGGCACGGGAGCUGCUGGAGCUGAGGUGCUCUGGGUGCCUCUGUGAAUGUAUGUUGCAGGUCUCUGGGAGGAAAAGUGUCCCCUCCCUGAGGGCACUGCCUGGGCAGUGCAUCCCAGCCACCUGAGCCACCAAGUUCAGCCCCAGCUCGUGUCUUGGUGCUUCCACAUCAGCCCACAGUACUAGCCCAGAGCUUGGGGCACACAGAGCCACGGGGCUUGUCCUGUGAGGUGGUCCUUCUGCCCACUCCAACCUGCUCCUGGCUUUGGGGUGGCCACGGGGGGCUCGCCAGUCCCAGCUACCCCUCCUCCAGAACAGCCAUCACUGCUCCCUGCUCCUGCCCUACUGCCACAGAUCCCAAAGGAUUGCUCUGGAGAAGGCCUGGAGUCACUGCUGUGGUGGCUGCACCCACACCUCUGGUUGCCUCAGAGCCAACAACAUGGUCCUGAGCUGUGAGCCAGCACUUGUGAGGGUGUGAGCAGCUCUUGCCUUGUACACCUAUGGUUUCAUAGCCCUGCACAGGCCCACCUGCCAUGCCCCAAACUGUGUGUGAUCCUGCUUGUGUAUGCUGAGCACUGGCUUGUAGCUAAACUUCCCUCCUCUCUCUGAGCCAAAGCCCCAGCUAAAUGUCAUCUGCCUGUCCCCACCCCUUGUGCACAUGGAUGGGAAGUGGCAGCUUGCUGGGACACAGGUGCUCUGUGGUUCCUUGGGCAGGUAGGGACAGGAGAGGGGACAUCUGUGUGUCAAUCCCAGACAUCCCUGCUCCUAAAGGGUCUUUCACUCACAUUUUCUGUUGCCGGCCAUGAGGAGAACAAGGCACAGUGGAUACAUUUUUUUGAUCAUCCAGAUGAGCCCCACGGUGGUAUGUUAUGCCUGGGACUGCUCAGGAAGGGAUUUUGGUCCCCCACCUCCUCCCUGUGGAUCAGACACUGGCCAACCAAGGCUGCUCAUCCCACCCUGGUGGCCACCAGGGCACAACUGCAGUUUCACCAGUUCUGCAUGGGGGUUUGGCAAG